AUGGACACAGCAGCGCAAAGCCCGCCCGCCGCUGCUCAAAAUGCCUCCAACGCCGCCUCGACCCCGCAGCCCGCCCCCAAACGCCGCCGCACCUCCGGCCAGCCCUCGUCGCGCGGCGUCGCCAACCUGACGCCCGAGCAGCUCGCCCGGAAGAGGCAGAAUGAUCGCGAGGCCCAGCGCGCCAUCCGCGAGCGCACCAAGCAGCAGAUCGAACGCCUGAACGGCCGCAUCCGCGAGCUUGAGUCGCAGCAGCCCUACCAUGAGCUGCAGAUGGCCCUGCGCGCCAAAGAGGCCGUCCAGGCCGAGAACGACGACAUCCGCCGCCGCCUGUCGUCCGUCAUGACCCUCAUCCAGCCCAUCCUGGGCACUCACGGCCUCAAUGGCAUGUCCCGCCCCUCUGCUGCCGCCAAAACUGCUGUUGCUGACUUCCGACCGGUGCAGAGCUGGCCGCCGCCGCCGAACCAGCACAUGCAAAUUCCCGACCAGCGCGGCUACCACCACGGCGUUCCUCAGGUGCAGGAGCCGCAACCACCCCACGACCAGACCAGCCCGUCUUCGCCAACCAGCCAGAGCGCCAAUGGCCGCAAUUGGGGCUCUGCAUUCCCUGGCGUGCCGCCAACAAGCCAUGUCCGUGGAUGGCACCCUGCGCAGCCGCCCUACGAUCAGCCCCGCAGCAACAUACAUCCCGACCUUGAGUUUGGCCAGAACUCGGACGAGCGGUUGGGGGUGAACUUUCUCUUAGACAACCGAGCCAAGUUGAGCAACGGCCUGGCUCACGGUGGGCCGGCAGGCAUGCAGUCCUCUGGUCUCGACUUCAAUGGUCGCCCGAUGGAGGCGUGGAACACUUUGCCGCGUAGCCUAGAAGCUACAUGUCCUCUGGAUAGCCUCUUGCUUGACUUCCUGGCCGAGAGGCAUGCUCAGGCAGCCGAGGGUGCUGCUCCUCUCAAAAGCCUUGUCGGACCGCUGUAUCCUGAUUUUUCGUACCUUCUAAACCCGGACAAGCCCGAUCAGUCACAUCCUCUGUCCAAGGUUUUCACCGACAUUCUGCGUACCUUCCCUGAUAUCUCAGGCUUGCCGGAGCGGGUCGCCGUGUUGUACAUGAUGUUUUUAUUGAUGCGGUGGCAGAUCGAGCCGUCGCAGGAGAACUACGAGCGCUUACCUGACUGGAUGACCCCGCGUCCAAGCCAGCUUUUCACCCCGCAUCCCGUAUGGAAUGACUAUUUGCCUUGGCCACGCCUCCGCGACCGUAUCAUCAUAGACCAACCGCAACAAGCCUUCGACAACUUCUUCAUCCCCUACACCACCUCCCUCUCGCUCAACUGGCCCCACAACCCCCGCGACUGCCUCCUCCCCGCAUCGUCCGUCGCCGCGGCAGCGCCCAGCAUCAACACCACCCCCAGCGGCAUCCCCAUCGACCCCGCCACGGAGGCAUCGCCCGCACCUCCCGCUCCCACCUCCGUCACUCCCGAAGGCUCCCCAAAGCCGGCAGAACGCGAGGGCAGCGGAGACAGCAGCAUCAGCGGCAACAGCAACGCCGACGACGGGAAUGGCAACGCCGACGGAAGCGGCGACGACGACGACCAGUGGGUCAUCAACCCGGCGUUCGAGGCUCACCUGCGCAACAUCGACAAUUGGAGCCUUGGUCCGGCCUUUAGAGCGGCUUUCCCCGAGUUGGCGGCGUAUGUGAAGAUUGUGGAGCAAUAG